UGUACAGCAAGUGGUCAGCCCAUUGUGUCGCUUGUGAAAUUAAGGGGAAAAAGUACACUUUGUGCAAAAGUAACCGAGAGAAUCGCAUUAUCUGGUUAUUGGAAUGUCAGGUGGUCCAUCCAUAACGCUAAAAAGCCAACCCAUCGAUGGUAACAACACUGGGAACGCUGCGGCGCAGCAGCAGCAGCAGGCAAAUGCGAAUGGCGCAGCAACUGCUGGCGCAUCUGGAGCCCCUGGCUCCUCGGUGCAGGCCCAAACUCCAGGAAACGCAGGAGCAGUAGGCGGCGGAAGUGUUCCGGCGGAGGGAACCAGGCAGAACAGCCUCCAGAGGAUCCAGCAACGGAAGCAGAAGGUCUUCAACCUGCCCGUGCCCCAGAAACUGGCCAAACUCUCCAUGUACUCCGCUUGCCAGUCGGAAGGAUGCCGCUGCACUGGAUGGAAAACGCCGCAGGAGAACCGCCAUCGCGACGUGGAGUCCUCCUACUGUCCGGAGUUCAACGAGGAGUGCCGGAACGCCAGCUGCCGCCAUUCGUUGCGGAUGCACAUCGCCCAUCUGGACAACAUCUCCAGCUCCAGCAUGGACGAGCUGCUGGGCGCCAUCAUAGACAUGGAGAAUCUGUUCAUGUCCAUGCAGCGCGUCGAGGAUGAGGACACCAAGAAGGUGUAUCUGUAUCUCUUCCGCUUGCUGCGCCAGUGCGUCCUCACGCGCCAGCAGGCUGUGAUCCGCGGUCCUCUGGGCGAUCCGCCCUUCGAGUCGCCCUGCAUCACCAAAGCGGUGCUGUCGCUGGUCUUCUACAAGUACAACCACCUUAACCCGACUGAACUGCAAACCAUGACCGAGGUGGCCAAGACGUUCCUGAACUUUCUGAACCACUACAACUUUGAAUCGCCAUCAACCAGAAGGGGAGAUCUCACCCACGAGGAUGCGUCGAACUACAAGAUCAACUACACGCGCUGGCUGGUCUUCUGCCACGUGCCCGCCUUCUGCAACUCUCUGCGCCAAUUUGAAACGUCCCUGGUCUUUGGACGCACACUCCUCCGCACUGUCUUUCAGUACAUGUCCCAGCAACUGAAGAAGAAGUGCAUCUCGGAGCGGGACCGCUUUCCCGAGGACAAGCGCUCGAUCAUCACACAGAUGCCCAAGUUUUUGGAGGCCCUUCGCGCCGAACUGCUGAAGGAUGACUCGCCCAUUUGGGAUCCCAACUACCGGCCACCCAACUCGUUCGUCAUCCAGCAGAGGAAGAGACACCAGGAGGUGGCGCCCGCAGCACCUGGUGCCAGUGUGGCAUCCAUAGGAGGCGCCAAACGUGCCAGUGUGGGCGAACCUCUGCAUAAGAGAAUCAAAAAGGAGCCUACAGAUCGAUGCAGCAGUGAGAGUUUGGAUGAUCUGCCCCCGGAUGUGGUGAUGCGGGCCAUGAAAUCGGUGUCGGAGUCGAAGACCACCAACAAGGCAGAGAUACUCUUCCCGGUGAAUGUUUCCCGCGAUGAGAAUGUCAAGGCGGAGGAGCAGAAGCGGGCCAUCGAGUUCCACGUGGUGGGCAACUCGCUUACCAAGCCGGUGGACAAGCAGACGGUUCUGUGGCUCCUGGGCCUGCAGCUUGUGUUCGCCUAUCAGCUGCCCGAGAUGCCCCGCGAGUAUAUCAGCCAGUUGGUCUUUGACACCAAGCACAAGACUCUGGCGCUGAUUAAGGAAAACCAGCCCAUCGGUGGCAUAUGCUUUCGCCCGUUCCCCACGCAGGGAUUCACGGAGAUUGUGUUCUGCGCUGUCACCAUGUCGGAACAAGUGAAGGGCUAUGGAACGCACCUGAUGAACCACCUGAAGGACUACAGUAUCAUGAGGGGCAUCAAACAUCUGCUCACAUUCGCCGAUUGCGAUGCCAUUGGGUAUUUCAAGAAACAGGGUUUCUCCAAGGACAUUAAGCUGGCGCGACCGGUGUACGCUGGUUACAUCAAGGAGUACGAUAGCGCCACUUUGAUGCACUGCGAGCUGCAUCCGAGCAUUGUAAACACGCAGUUCAUUGCCGUGAUUCGCAAUCAGAGCGAGAUUCUGAAGGAAUUGAUAGCCCAGCGGCACAACGAGGUGCAAAAAGUGAGACCCGGUCUCACUUGUUUUAAGGAGGGUCUGCCCUCCAUACCCGUUGAGUCGAUUCCUGGUCUUCGGGAGAUCGGUUGGAAGCCGCAAAUGCGUCCGGCAAGGUCAGCCAGACCUCUGGAGGAAUCCUCCGAUCCGGAGAAACUGGCCACGUCCUUUGCAUCCGUUCUGCAGUCCGUGCGCCAGCACACCACCGCUUGGCCCUUCUUGCGUCCGGUGACUGCGGCCGAAGUUCCGGACUACUACGACCAUAUCAAGUAUCCCAUGGACCUGAAGACCAUGGGUGAGCGGCUGAAGAAGGGUUACUACCAAACACGCCGCCUGUUCAUGGCGGACAUGGCCCGCAUCUUUUCCAACUGUCGGUUCUACAACUCACCCGACACCGAGUAUUAUCGAUGUGCCAACUCCCUGGAGCGCUAUUUCCAAACCAAAAUGCGCGAGCUGGGACUGUGGGACAAAUGAUGCAGUGAUGCAGAGGAUCCUUGUAUAAAACCGAAUAUUUAAUCUUCACUAACGGAGAGCACUAUUAUUUCUCGUAUUUAUUUUAGAUUUUCCAGCGACAAAAGACAGAAGUGAAUAAUUUACGUGUGAACAAAAUUGAUAUAUGGAUUAAGCUUUUUUGUGAAAACUACUAAUCAAGCGCCUUGUCUUGUUCAUUUAGACGGGCUUAAAUAGGGUUUCUUAAGGAAAAAUAAAAUAGAACUCUACCCAUUAA